CUCUCCUCCUCUCGUCUUUUCUCUCUCUCCACUCAGUCCGGCAAAUUGCCAGCCCUCCCCCAAACCACAAUGUUCAGCUUUGGCCGUAGCCGCGUGGCGGCGUCGGCCCUCAGCGCCGCCAAGCGCGCCACUCCCUCCGUUAGACUGCCUGGCGCCGCCCAGCAGCGAAGAGCCCUCAGCAUCCACGAGUACCUGUCCGCCGACCUCCUGAGAAAGUACGGCGUUGGCGUUCCCAAGGGCGCCGUGGCCAAGACGGCUGCGGAGGCCAAGAAGGUCGCCGAGGAGAUUGGAACCGGCGACCUGGUCAUCAAGGCCCAGGUCCUCGCCGGUGGCCGAGGAAAGGGAACCUUUGACAACGGGCUCAAGGGCGGCGUCCGUGUCAUCUACUCCCCCUACGAGGCCGAGAUGUUUGCCCAGCAGAUGAUUGGGCACAAGCUCAUCACCAAGCAGACGGGCGCGGGCGGCCGUCUGUGCAGCUCCGUCUACAUCUGCGAGCGCAAGUUUGCUCGCCGCGAGUUCUACCUGGCCAUCCUGAUGGACCGUGCCUCGCAGGGCCCCGUCAUCGUCUCGUCGUCCCAGGGCGGCAUGGACAUUGAGACGGUCGCCAAGGAGCAGCCCGACGCCAUCACUACGACCUACAUCGACAUCAACAAGGGCGUCACCGACGACAUUGCCCGCGGCAUCGCCACCGGCCUGGGCUUCAGCGAGCAGUGCAUCGAGGACGCCAAGGACACGAUCCAGAAGCUCUACAAGAUCUUUGUCGAGCGCGACGCCACCCAGAUCGAGAUCAACCCCCUGUCCGAGACGUCGGACCACCAGGUGCUGUGCAUGGACGCCAAGUUCGGCUUCGACGACAACGCCGACUUCCGCCAGAAGGAGGUCUUUGAGUGGCGCGACACCACCCAGGAGGACCCCGACGAGGUCCGCGCCGCCAAGUCCAACCUCAACUUCAUCAAGCUGGACGGCGACAUUGGCUGCCUCGUCAACGGCGCCGGCCUGGCCAUGGCCACCAUGGACAUUAUCAAGCUCAACGGCGGCCAGCCCGCCAACUUCCUCGACGUCGGCGGUGGCGCCACGCCCGCCGCCAUCCGCGAGGCCUUUGAGCUCAUCACCAGCGACCCCAAGGUCAGCGCCAUCUUCGUCAACAUCUUUGGCGGCAUCGUGCGCUGCGACGCCAUCGCCACCGGCCUGAUCCGCACCGUCGAGGCCCUCAACCUCAAGAUCCCCAUCAUUGCCCGUCUGCAGGGCACCAACGUCGAGCUUGCCCACCAGAUCAUCAACGAGUCUGGUCUCAAGAUCUUUUCUAUCGACGACCUGCAGAGCGCCGCCGAAAAGGCCGUGCAGCUGUCCAAGGUUGUCAAGAUGGCUCGCGAUAUUGACGUUGGUGUUGAGUUCACCCUGGGUAUCUAA